AAUGUUGAUUGUAAGUAUCUGCCUGUCACUAUGCUGGAUGGACUGGAGGAGGAGGAUGUUAAUGAGGAGCCGGACCAAGCCAUAAUCUUCAUGUCGCAGAGCAGCCAUAUGGAGUUGGAAGUAGAGGAAACUUGAGCAAGAUCAUAUUUCCGUCGUUUUCUCUUAAUGUUACGAUUUUCCAGCUUUUGUGAUUAACUGGAAUAAAUGUUAUUCUUUAUGCAACUUUAAUUAUAUCAUUUAGCUUAUUUGAUUCAAAUUUUGUUUACAAAAAAAUUUCCCUCGCAUUUAUUUUUACAAGAAGCUUCAAUUUCUCGUUGUUAAUAACCAAAAGAGAAACUCAAAUUUUUAUAUUAAAAUUUCAGAAGUUAUUUUUAACAAAAUUUUGUAACGAGGCCGGGUGAAAACAGUAUUGCAGCCUGGAGUCUUAGAAUUUCCAGAAUUAGCUAGGUCAUGGAACCCCCCACCCCUCAGUGUGUAGGUCGUGAGUUUGUCCACCAGUACUAUACCCAGCUCAACCAAGAUCCUCUCAACCUUCACAGAUUUUACAACGGACAGUCAAGUUUUGUUCACGGAGGCGUUGACAGUGGAACAGACGCAGAGGUUGUUCGUGGACAGCAGGAGAUUCAUCAGAAGAUACUUCAGCUCAACUUCAAGGAUUGUCAUGCCAAGAUCAGUAAGGUUGACUGCCACAAGACACUGGCGGACGGAGUUGUGGUUCAGAUCUCGGGGGAACUCUCUAACAAUGGGCAACCCAUGAGAAGGUUCGUCCAGACCUUGGUUCUGGCUCCUCAGUCUGCGAAAAAGUACUACAUUCAUAACGAUAUCUUCAGAUAUCAGGAUGAGGUUUUCUCGAAUUGCAAGAACGAGGCGACGACAAGAAUAACGACUGGCGAGGUUCGUCUCAAGGAACCUAUUCAGAAGCAGAUCAUCGCAGCUGCCUCCGAACCUGUCGUGCUCGCUGUACCCGCUGCUCCCCAGCUUCAUGAGCCGGUCAAGGAGGAAAAAGAAUCUAUUGACAAGAGAAAUGAAGACGAGGUUAGAACGCGGGAAAAAAUUCAAGUAAAUGUAUCUGAGGGAAAAAAGGAAAGAAAACAUGAAAUACGGAUCAGAAAGGAAGAUGGAACUAAUAGCAAAGGUACGAGGAAAAGUUCUAUGUCUUCUCUACCCAAACAUUAUACCUCUCAUUUCUCAUUCGAUAGCACUAAACUCUCCAAACAUACUGCGUCAACCCUGAAUCCUACUCUGUUAACCCCUAAGCCAACUACCUCGACUCCGGAAACUACACCCCCAACUUCCAAACAUACUUCUCUUAUUACCGAAAAUACCACUGCAAUGCCAAGACCUACUACUUCAACCUUGAAACCUGCACCAACCACCGGAACUACCCCCGAACAUACUCCACUAACCAUAAAACCUACUCAAAGCAUCGAAUCCACCACCACAACCCCCAUACCUACAUAUUCAGCCACAAAACGUAGUCCCCAACGCUCCAAGACUUCUGAGGGAAACAAGGAAAGAAAACAUGAAAUACGGAUUAGUAAAUUAGGAGUAACCAUGAAAAAGAAUGUUGUAAAGGAAAUAUUGAAUAUCUCUGAAGAAUUAAAGGAAGAUGGAACUGAAAGCGAAGGUAAUAGGAAAAGUUCUAUUUCUUCUCUACCCAAACAUUAUAAAUCUCAUUUCUCAUUCGAUAGCCCUAAACUCUCCAAACAUACUGCGUCAACCCUGAAUCCACCUUUGUUAACCCCUAAGCCAACUACCUCGACUCCGGAAACUACACCCCCAACUUCCAAACAUACUUCUCUUAUUACCGAAAAUACCACUGCAAUGCCCAGACCUACUACUUCUACCUUGAGACCUGCUCCAACCACCGAAACUACCCCCAAACCUACUCAAAGCAUCGAAUUUACCACCACAACCCCCAGACCUACUUAUUCAGCCACAAAACGCAGUCCCCAACGCUCCAAGACUACUGGCAUUCUUAACCGUACUUCUACAGUUUCCAAUACUUUUAAUUCUACUCCAAAACCUACUCCUCCAGUCUCCAAUACUUCUAAUUCUACUACAAAACCAAAUCCUCCAUUCUCCAAUACUUCUAAUUCUACUCCAAAACCUACUCCUCCAGUCUUCAAUACUUCUAAUUCUACUCCAGAACCUAUUCCUCCAGUCUCCAAUACUUCUAAUUCUGCUCCAAAACCUACUCCUCUAGUCUCCAAUACUUCUAAUUCUACUCCAGAACCUACUCCUCCAGUCUCCAAUACUUCUAAUUCUACACCAAAAACUACUCCUCCAAUCUCCAAUACUUCUAAUUCUACUCCUAAACCUACUCCUCCAGUCUCCAAUACUUCUAAUUCUACUCCUAAACCUACUCCUCCAGUCUCCAAUACUUCUUAUUCUACUCCUAAACCUACUCCUCCGACCGCCAAAACUAUCACUUCAAUAUCUAAACUUAUCACUUCAAAUCCUAAUCCUCCAGUUUCCAAGUCUUCUACUUUAACCCCAAAACAUCGUAAUCUAACUCCCAACCCUUCUUCUUCAAAUCACGAACCUGUUCAGUCCAUCUACAAAACUGCUACAAGUAGGAGAAGAAUCGGGAGAAAAAAUAUCAAACCAUGCUUUGUCAAAUUGCGGAAAAUCAAACCAAGUAAUAAUUAUGAGUCCGAAAUCAAGAAGCAAAUCAAGUCCAAGGUUACGAAAGUUGAGGAGGAAACCCCUAAUAUUUCUGAGAAAAAAGUGGAUUCUAGAAAGGAAAUUCAGCCUACCUCGGUGGUUCGAAUAACAAGUGGGAAGGAAAAAAGAAAAAGACACGAAGAUAAAGUUGAAGAUGUGGUUACAAGCAAGAAAGUAUCUAAUACUACCAAAAAGAAGUUAAAGUUUGGAGUAUUGCCUUCAUCUAAGGUUUAUUUAUCUUCUUUCUCCAACAUAGCCCUGCCUUCUUCUCAAACCUGUCCUUACUCCGAUCCAGUCCUCCGUACCUCUACAACCUCCUGCCGCUCUAAUCCAGUCAUGCCUACUUCUCCAACCUAUUUUUACUCCGAACCAGUCCUGCCUACUUCACAACUCCAACUAUACUCUGAUCCAGUUUGGUCUACUACUCCAACCCAUUCUUACUCGGAACCAGUUCUCCGUACUUCUCCAACCCAUUCUUACUCCGAACUAGUCCUCCGUACUUCUCCAACCCAUUCUUACUCCGAACCAGUCCCGCCUACUUCUCAUCCCCAACCUUACUCUGAUCCAGUCUUGUCUACAACUCCAACCCAUCCUUACUCUGAUCCAGUCAUGCCUACUUCUACUACCAAUCAUUACUAUGAUUCAGUACUGCCUACUUCUCAAAACUAUCUUUACUCCAAGCCAGUCCUGGCUACUUCUCCAACUUAUCCUUACUCCGAACCAGUAGUGCCUACUUCUCCAACUUAUCCUUACUCCGAACCAGUCUUGUCUAAAAUUCCAACCCAUCCUUACUCUGAUCCAGUCAUGCCUACUUCUCCGACCUAUCCUUACUCUGAUUCAGUACUGCCUACUUCUCAAAACUAUCUUUACUCCAAGCCAGUCCUGGAUACUUCUCCAACUUAUCCUUACUCCGAACCAGUAGUGCCUACUUCUCCAACCUAUCCUUACUCUGAACCAGUCUUGCCCACUUCCCCUACUUAUCCGUACUCCGAGCCAGAUUUACUCAGUUCUUUCAUCCAAUCAUAUUCAGAGUCAAUUCCACAACCGUAUCCGGCUUCAACUGUUUCCAUCAAAUCUCUGUCAGCUCCUGUCCUAAAAAGAUCUGCUCAAACUCUUUCCUCAUAUCCUGGGGUUACUCCAGCAGUCCACGCAUUGCCCAUUAUGGUAACUCAACCAAGCCCACUAAGAUCCAAGAAUGUAAAGAAAGUAAAUGUUACCGAAAACAUUGGAAAGAAUCUAUGAUUGCUCGGAAUAAACACUGUUUUUUACUGUCGUCUUCAGAUUUUUUCUAUGUACGAUGAACCUUGUUAUGUUUGUUCAAUAGUAAAUAGAAAAUUAUAAUUUU